CAGCCACCAUCAGCUUGCCUACCAAAACUCCCGCGCCUCCACGACACACACGCCGCCGCCGCCAUGGACGUCGCCACCGCACGCCGCCGCCUCGGCGCCUUCCAGCGCUGGAUGCGCAAGCACGGCGUCGUCUGCAGCGACGCGCUCUGCCUCGACGCCUCCGAGGCCGGCGGCGUCUACGUGCGCGCGGUCGCCGCGCUCCGGGAGGGCGACGUCGUCGCCACCAUCCCGCGCCGCGCGUGCCUGACGCCGCGCACGUCGGGAGCCGCGGCGGCCAUCGAGGCCGCGCAGCUCGGCGGCACCCUCGCUCUCGCCGUCGCCGUCAUGUACGAGCGCGCGCGGGGUGCCGAAUCGCCCUGGAAGGACUACCUCCGCCUGAUCCCCGACCGUGAGCCCGUGCCGCUCGUCUGGCCCGACGACGAGGCAGACCGCCUCCUUGCCGGCACCGAGCUCGAUAAGACAGUGAAACAAGACAGGGGAUUCCUUUGUGAGGACUGGAAAGAAUGUAUCGAGCCACUCAUUUCGUCUGGAGAACUGGGGGUUGAGCCAGAGGAUCUUAGCCUGGAGAAAUAUUUUGCUGCUAAGAGUCUUCUCUCGUCAAGGAGCUUCCAUAUAGAUAGAUAUCAUGGAUCUGGAAUGGUUCCCCUGGCUGACCUUUUUAAUCACAAGACUGAUGGUGAACAUGUACACUUCACUAAGUCAGAGGAGUCAGACUCAGAUGAAGAAGAAGAUGGCGAUGGUCAAAGCAGUGCAGACUCAGAUCAAGAAGAAGAUGACGAUGAUCAGAGCAAUGCAGUCCCAGAUCAAGAAGAAGAUGACGAUGAUCAGAGCAAUGCUUCUGCUGAACAGUCAACUGUAGAAAAUGCCACCGCCAAGCCUUCAGGUGAGGGACAUAAUGAUGAAGAUUUGGAAAUGAUUAUUGUGAGAGAUGCCGACCCAGGGGAGGAGGUUUAUAAUACUUAUGGUACCAUGGGAAAUGCGGCUUUGCUUCAUCGGUAUGGUUUUACAGAACCUGACAACCCAUAUGACAUUGUCAACAUCGAUUUAACACUGGUCACAAAGUGGUGCUCAUCCAAGUACUCCCGUCGAUAUGCAAAAGAAAGGGUAGCAUUAUGGCGGAAGCUGGGGUAUUCAGGCUGCACUGGCGAAGAUGCUGACUACUUUGAGAUCUCAUAUGAUGGAGAGCCCCAGCUUGAACUUUUAAUCCUCCUUUACAUCAUCUCUUUGAAACCUGAUGCUUAUGACAAGUUGGUCUGCAUAGCUCAUGAUCUGAUCGGCGAUGAUGACCAGGAAGAUGGGGAGGAUACUAUCAAUAGUUUUGUUAAGGUUGUCAGAGUAACAAGACCCACUAAAAAUUCAGAGCUUAACGGGGUUCAAAAACUAACUGAUGUGAAGAAAAUACUGCAUAGUGAGAGCAUUUGCUCUGCGCUUGCAUCCCUUGCUGACAUUAGGGAGAGCCUCUACGGUUCCAACACAUUAAAAGAUGACAAGGAACAGCUGAGAACAUGCUCUCCUGUCAGCGAAAGGAAUCGUUAUCAUUCUCUGGUGCUGCGGGUGUGCGAGAGGAAGAUACUUGGCAGGUUGAGGAAACAUGUCUCUAUUUGGUCAAAGACCAAGAAGAGGAAGCAUCUCUAGUAGUAUUUGAAACAUUAUUGCAAUCAUCAUGCAGAUGUAAUUUUGCCCUACUAAGAUGAGUUUGAUUCUGGAAAUUUAGUAUCGCCGAUCGAAUUUAAGCCUGGCAUUUGUUGUUCCUCCUGUAAUGUCGUGACUUGCAAAACCUUCUCACUUUUUGAAAGUUGACAUCAUUUUGAAAUACCA